UCUCACAUUCGCUCUCUCUCUCUCUCACACAAGAGCUCAAAUAACCGGAGUCCUGGCAAUGCGCAGAUGUGGACUAUGAUUUAUGACCGCACUUGGUUCGCUUUCCCCGGGCUUUCUCUCUAUAAACCUCGGUGUUUAAUUAGGGCUGAGGAAUAAAAUGGAAUAUUUUAAUGGAAUUAACGCAGGAGCGGUUACUCCAAACACGUCUUCUAUUUGUACGUCCUGAUUCAAAGGCUAGAUCGUCAGGAGUCUAGGUGGUGGUGUCCAUGGGUCCCGUGAUGCCCCCCAGUAAGAAGCCUGAGGCGUCUGGCAUCAGCGUGGCCAGCGCCAGCCUCUCCCACCUCUACCAGGCCAGCUCGCUGCAGGAGGCAGAGGAACUCAACCUGGCCUUCCCCGCCCCCUUGGCCCUCCCCUUGGCACCCCUCACCGGCGGGGCCGCCAAGCCUGAGAAAAGCACCUCCACCCCAGGUAUGGAGGACGAGGAGUUGACCAACCUCAACUGGCUCCAUGAGAGCAAGAACCUGCUCAACAGCUUCGGAGACCCCGUCCUGCGCAGCGUCAGCCCCGUGGGUGGCGAAGGGGGUGUGGCCGGUAACCGCGGCGAUGGGGACCACGACAACAUGCUGCCAUCGCCGAUAGCGGGCGGGGACCUGCCGUACGACGCCGAUCGGAACCCCAGCUGUAAACCGCCCUAUUCCUUCAGCUGCCUGAUCUUCAUGGCCAUUGAGGACGCUCCGUCCAAGAAGCUGCCAGUGAAGGACAUUUACAACUGGAUCCUAGAACACUUCCCCUACUUCGCUAACGCUCCCACGGGCUGGAAGAACUCUGUCAGGCACAACCUGUCCCUCAAUAAGUGCUUCAAGAAGGUUGACAAGGACAGGAGCCAGAGCAUUGGGAAGGGGUCCUUAUGGUGUAUAGAUCCUGAGUACAGGCAGAAUUUGAUUCAGGCUUUGAAAAAGACACCUUACCAUCCUCACACCCAGGUCUUCUCAACGCCACCCACCUCUCCUCAGGCAUAUCAGAGCAUGUCCAGUCCUCCUCUAUGGCCAGGGAGUCCCUUCUUCAGAAAAAACGGAGGAGUCCUUCUACAAGUCCCUCAGGGAGUGAUCCAGAACGGAGCCAGAAUGAUGAGUCAUGGCCUGUACACAGGAAUACGACCACUACCCAUCAAUCCCGUAGGGAUCAGGACAGCUGCUGACAGAUCAGUGCUGUCCGGAGGCUGUCGGAAGCGUAGCGACAGCAAUCCCCCCUGUGACUCCCCAUUGGUCAGCAGCGACCCCAAGGAAGACCACACCUACAGCACCAACCAAUCGGAUGAUGGCAGCGACUACACCAGUGACUCCAGUCUCCGCAGCAAUGACCCAAUUGCCCGGGACGUCGCCAACGAUUCAGACUUUGACUACGAGGACGACGAAGACGACAAGAGCAAGAUCCAGCUGGAGAUCAAGAAGGAGGAGCCGCGUGAUUGGCCUAUAGACACGAUAGACUCCACCCCUUCCAGCCAGCAGCACAACAAGAAGCGGUAUCACUUCCUGAAAGCCAAGCAGAGGAUGGGCGUGGCUAGCGACACCCUCCCGCUAAAAAAACGGCGCACAGAAAAGCCGCCAGAGAGUGAUGACGAGGAGAUGAAGGAGGCGGCGGGUUCGCUGCUCCACUUGGCGGGCGUCCGGGCCUGCUUGAACAAUAUCACAAACAGAACCGCCAAGGGCCAGAAAGAACAGAAAGAACCCACAAAAAACUGAUCACAGAAAGACUGAGAAAGAAAGAGAGAGAGAGAGAGAGAGACUAACCUGAGAGAGUGAAGAUUUUAAAAGAACAAAAAUAAGAGAGAGAAACGGAAAUACAAAACAUCACUUUUAAUAUAGAAAUUUACACUUUCUUUUUUCCAGGACAUCAGGUGAAUUCUGAAAGAUUUGUGGCAAUAUCAAAAUCAAUCACUUUGUUUUGCUAUCUUUAAAGUUAAUGUUUUUGAAGGUUGCAAAAAAUAUGUUUUUUAUUUGUUUAAAGGAUAUUAAAGCCAUAGACAAAACUUUUUCUGAUAUUCAACUAAGUUAGCAGGUUUCUGUUGGCUGAAAGUAACACGAAUGAGAAACAAAAAUACCUUUUUGGAAAACUGCCCCAUCCAUGGAUUGGCUUGGAUGUAUGAAUAGAAUAGGGGAUCAAAUUGUUAUUCAUUUCAAAAUGUACCCCAAUCCCAAACUAUUGCCAUUUACAGGCUCAUCAGACACAGCUAACACUAUAUAAUACAUUUCAGCAGGCUCAUACACUUGUUAUUUCUGUGGAAUUUCCUGGUACAAAGUUCCUAUGGGGUGCUUAUCACUGACUAUUUUGUUUUUACAGUGAUAUAGAUCAUUAAAAUGUAAUAAAGUAAGUAUUCAGGGUCAGAUCUUAACUUGAGAUAGAUUGAUGUCUAUGGCCUGCAUAUUCCUGUUAGGAUGUGACCAUAUACCUCAAUAUGUCACAAUAAACAAGCACAAAUACACAUGCUAUACUGGCUAAAGCAAUGUUAUAUUAGUCAACUAGGUCACUGAAAUAACACAGGUAUAUGCUGAAGUAACGCAGGUAUAUCCCUUUUGUUCAGCAUCAGACUUUCGAAAACAAUGGUGCUAAUAUCUCAGCUAUUUAAAAAUAUAUAUUUAAAACCUAGUUUGCCAAACUCUGUCUUGUCUGUGUGCGAAGAAGCUUCCCCAGAUAUUUUUGGGACAUUAAAUUAUGUGAUGCUGUUAGCUUAGUGACCAUUAGCCUAGCCAAGCUCAUAGAAAAUAUACUCAUCAUUUAGCCUAGCCUACCUAAGCCCAUAGAAAAUAUACUCAUCAGUUAGCCUAGCCUAGCUAAGCCCAUGGAAAAUAUACUCAUCAGUUAGCCUAGGCUAGCUAAGCCCAUAGAAAAGACACUGGGUAGCCAGUUUUUGUAUGUCCUUCCUUUGCGUGUCAGUGUUGGAACAGUGCCAAAUAUGAAUUAUUGGUCAGCCCACUGAUAAUGGUAGCACUUCCUUAGCUAACUGUCUUUCUGACUGCUAAUCACAUUUAGCCACCGGCGCUAGCUAGCAUGCCAAGGCAGCGGGAACAGUGUUGUGUUCCCCUUAAAGGUUGACUUUAGGACUGUAGUGAGGUGACGUUCGCUGGUACAAGUGGGAUGAAGGAAGGGUUUGUUGUUCUCUUCCGUCGUCUUCUCUUAAAGUAAGCUAAUUGAGUUUGGUAAAAGCCAUAAGCUAAUAGUCUGGCUAGUGCUUAUCAGAGAGUAAAAUAACUGAAAAUAUGUUGAGAGAACCUCAAAAUUGCCUGUGUCCUUUUAUGAAAGCAAUGGACAUGAAUAACUGAGAUAUACUCCAGUGAUACGUUAUAGUGAUAUUCUCCCCGUGGCACAAACACCUGAUCACCUUCAUGUGUUGGAUGGAAAAUGAUGCUGCGAAACCUGACACAUUAUAUUUCAUGUUAGAAGAACAAUGAUGACUUUGGAGCUGUUUAUUUUUGUGUUUGUUUGUGUUUACUAACCUACCCUCAUGACGUAAUAAAGCAAUUUCAUCCAGUCAGGAUAACACUGUAUAAAAAGUUAAACUAGUGUUUUGGAUUUUUUUCUUAAUUUAAGCAAUGUAGCCAGCAUGAUUUUUUUUCUCCAAAUCGUGUUGUAUGGGUUCUGUAAUGAAAAAGCGAAAAAAUGUUUUAUAUUCAUACAAAGAUCAUGUAAAGUAAAUAAUGUAUUUAGCAUGAAGCAUGAAUUAUUUUCAUAUAAGUAUCCUAGCGAACAAAAAGGUUCUGCCUGGAAGUUCUGCGCCCAUAGGUGUGGACUCCUUCACUGUUGUUUGGUCUUGUCUUUUUGAUUUGAUGGUUGCUUCCUUGACAUCCUCAUUCAAACUUGUUUUAACGUGGGCUUUCAUACAGUUAAACAACCUUAUUCAGGGACAAAACGCUGGUCUGUUGGGCAAAUCUCUGUCUGCAAUAUCACGGUACCUCUCUCUCCUCCCAUUGGUGGAUGAUAACUUCUUUCAUCCGUAGUGGAUAAAACUGUCCCAAUGUUUGUUUGUAGUCACUAGAUGGCCAUGUUAGAAAGGACACAAAUGACAAAAUUGUCAGACCUUCUUGGCAUGAAGAUGAGUCAUUUCUUGAUUAAAAGGACCAAACGUCCUCUGUCUUCUCCGGCAUGGACGUAUAAUGACCUCUGUGUCUGAUGGGUUCUCCCUGACAGGUGAAUGUUGGAGCCCGUGUGAUUAAAAGUGAGGUUAGGUUAGUGAGUGUUAGCCGUCUGUUCCCUCACCCCUCCUUCUCUGUGCCUGUUCUUCCAUCGCUACUUUAUUUUCUAAGGUUUUAGACGUCUUUGAUAUUUCAAUGUCUUCCUUUUUUCCCCUUCUUUUUUUAAUGAAAUAGGAGUUUACCAAAGUGUUUUUAUGUUGUUAUUUUAUGUAUCCGGCUGUGUUUUUGUCCUCUCUACUCUUGUAGCUCUUCAGGUCUUGUUGUCAGUAUUACGCAGGCUACUAUAGACUCGUUGGACAUGUAAUAACUCAAAGGAAACUAAGAAAAUAUGACUGCUAGAUAAAUACAAACUAUAUCGUGCAUAUUUUUACAUUAUCUCACCAGAUUGCACUAAGAUAUUAAAUGAAAGAUUAAUUUCAGUGCCAAAGGCUUUAAUAAUUCCUUAUCUACCUGAAAUAGAUUUACAAACAUAUGUUAACACAUCAAACAUUGCCUGUGUACUGUUGCAUUUCUGCCCGAUGCCUGUCGGACUGUCCUAGUCCUUGUUCUUGGCUCCUACCACACUACAACGCUGUGCAUUGGCUCCUUGGAAUGGGUUUCAUUUCCAGAACAUGCUCAUUUUUUGUGUAGCCUUUUUAGUUGAAUUUAACACCCAUUGUCCCAUAAUGCACUCCGUUUGACCAGAGCUAACUAACCCAAUGAGGCUGUUGUCAAAGUAGUGCACUAUAUGGACAAUAGGGUUGUCCAGUUGAGACAUCCCUUAUUGUCCCUUCAUUAAGUUGAGGUGAUGUGUAAAUGUGUCUUCCACUGAUAAUAUAUUACUAAAGAUAUACGUAUAUUACUAAAGAUACGUUAUUGUUUGUGGGAUACGGCCUGCCUAAAGUCUAACACUAAUCCUUCAGGUGCCACAACGUAUGAAGUGUUCUGGAAAAAAACCUUAAAUAUGAAUUAUUAUCAAUAAACUGUCAAUACUAGCCAGGCAAAUAGUGAUGUAUCUAUUGAUGAGUAAAAAAAAAAAAAUUGUUUAUUUGUUUCAUCGUGUUUUUUGAUUGUUUUAUAUCUAUUUUUCUUCCAUGUUUAUUGUUUGGAGGGGUUUUAUGAGGAGAAGAAAGCGUAAUGGAUUGCCGGCUACUUAUUUGCAGUACAUUAUUCACCUGGUCGUCAUGGAAACUGCAUGGUACUUUAUCUCACUUAUGUCAAUAAAUUCCGAUAGAAUCAGCAACUGCUGGGUUUUAAAAGAUCCUUAAUGGUGCUUAGUUUUCAACUAAUAACUUAAACAACAGAGAGCAAUUUGUGGUUACAAAUAUCGAGUGACUUAUUACCACUGUUGUUGUUAACAAAGAAACAAAACACUAAAAAGUCCCCAUGUAGUUUCUAUGUAAAUAAGAGGCAGGUAGUGUUCUGUGAAAACAUGCUACCGAUCAUUUCUGUGUCCUGUUUUUGAACCCGGUAGUCUUGAUGGCAUGACCUUCCAGCUGAUCUGGUAAUAUGGAGUAGGUGCGUUCUGUAUUUCAUUGACGUGUAUUCAUAUUGCCAAAGACAAACUACUUCAUCAAUUCAUGUAAAUAUCACCGUGUCCGUUACUAUGACGAAAGUAUGUUUUUAUGUUUGUGUUUUAGUUCCCCCCCACCCCCUCAAAAAAACGUACCAUAAAGUUUCUGUGCUGUAUUGUCUUCCAGUUUAAAUGAAAACAGUUACUCCUGUGGUCAGGUUCCUUCAAGAAGCCUUUAAUAAACCUUUAUGUAUUUUAACUUUCAAACCCA